CUAAGCGCAAGAAACACGCUGCGAAACAUACAUUUUUUGUCAAACAGCGACAGAGACAAGACACACGACGACACUGCUCGCCUUUGCCCCCACACACAACACACACCCACACACGCACACAACAGAGUGAUAGGAACCGCUGUGAAGACGAGACACACUGACGUGACACAGAAGAGAUCUGGUUGGUGAUUCAGGCGCAUCGCAUCGACUUGGCGUUGAACCAACACACGCAGCGCGUAUGACUACUGGCUGAGUUUUUGGCAGAGUUCGUCGUGUGAUCUUCAGCAACGACACAGCCCUUUGGCCGCCGCUCUUGAGAGCAGGAUUUGUUGAGAGCAGGACUGGUGCCAGUAACUACAGCAACAACAACAGUAACAACAACCACAGCGGGGUUGUUACCAUCCUUGACUUGGCAGACGCAACUUGUUGGCUGCACCAACACAAGCACUGCUGCUUCUGCUGCUGCCGCCGCUGCGAGGACCCCCCCCCCCACCAAGCAACCUCAGUACACAUACCCAUAGAUAGACACAAUGGAGAAGUCGUUCUUUGACGUCGCAGCCUCGGGCGCUCGCAAGCGCAAGCAGGAACACCCUCUCAAGUACACGUGGCAGUUUUGGUUCUCCAAGAAGGUGCCCCGACAGCGCUUUGCAGAAUACGCAGAGAACCUGAGGACUGUGGGAACGUUCAAAACGAUUGAGCGGUUCUGGCGGUAUUACUCGCACAUGAAGAAGCCGAGCCAGCUCGAGGCCUGCAACAUUCACAUCUUCAAGGAUGGCAUCCAGCCCAUGUGGGAGGACUCGUACAACAAGAAUGGCGGGAAAUGGGUCGUACGGUUAAGGAAAGGCCUUGCUUCCAGAUGCUGGGAGAAUGUCCUCUUUGCAAUCAUUGGCGAGCAGUUUGACGUUGGAGAUGACAUUUGCGGGGCGGUGCUGGCGAUCCGGCCGCACGAGGACCUCAUCUCCAUCUGGCACAGGGACGGCGAGAACACCCGCUCAAAGGCAAAGAUCGAGGAGACGAUGCUGCGUGUGCUUGAUCUUGGCAAAGACGUAGCGAUGAGCUAUGUGCGGCACGAUGUGAUCCUCUCCACCGUCACACACGACCACCCAGCUCCCGUCUCCCCACACUCCACGCACUGACCCAACAUGGUGGUGGCGAUGGGUGAUGGGUGACUGUGGAUGGUUGACGAUGGGGAUGGUGACGUGGUUAUGGCUGUAGUUUGCGUGCACUUGUACGCAGACGCAACCGGAACACUGCAACCACGCACGCACACGCGUGUGUCCAUCUUUUCACCUUCUUCUUCCUUGCUAGGUUGCACUCUUCCUUCCUUCCCUCCCUCUCCUCUCUGACUCUGCUUGUUUGUUCUCUGCACACACACGCGCGCGCGCGUUCGUGGUUGCAUGUGUGGUUGCAUGUACACAACCCCCGCCCGUGUGUGUUUCUCUGCUAUUCCAGUAAACGGCAUGCACAUG